CAAAUAAAGUUUUUCAAACCAUGUGAUCGGCACUGUCAUGGCUGCCCCCUCGUGUCAUGCGUAAAUGUUAUCGUUUGUAACACUAUUUUGUCAUUUCAAGAAACCACAGACGGUCAAGGAAAAUGAAGACAAAGAAGAUGAAGACGAAAAAUAAGCAUAUGUCCUUCGGGCUGAAGAAAAAGGACAAACGGAGUAUCCAUGUGAAAGGCAAAUGGAAAGCCAUAGAACUUGAUCCUAGUCUCUUCUCCGAGGAGGGCCUGGAGGGCCUGGUGUGUUUUGAAGAGCUGACAAAUUACAGUCUGAUAGACUCCGAGAAGGCUGCAGCUAAAGCAGCACAAGAACUGAAAAAGGAAAAGAAGACGAAGAAAAGAAAAGCCAGCGAGGGAGAGGAGGCUGGAGAGAAGGUAGACUCGGCGACCAAAGAGAGAGAUAAAUCAGCUGAACCAGCCAAGAAAAACGCCAAAAAGAAGAAGAAAAAUAAGAAACUGGCUGCAAAGGAGUCAGCCCAACCAGGUAAAAUUUCUGCAGAAGUCACACAGGAGGAUGCAGGUGGGGAGAGAGAUGAAGGUGGAGCUGCUAAAAAAGACACAUUAACACAUGCAGCCAUUAGCUCAGAACCUGAUGCCCAAACAAAACUAGCAAAGAAGAAGAACAAAAAGAAAAAGAAACCGAAGGAGCAGAAAGAAACAGAUACAGUCCCAGAAGAACAGCCAAACCUGGAGUCUCCAUCAGAACUUAAGACUCUAGAAAAAGAAAAAUCAGCUCAACAUAAAGUGACAAAACUCCCCAAAAAGCAGCAAAAGAAUUGGACAAAUGCAGCACUUAAUGGCUCUAAUGACAAAAAUACUGAUGUGAGUGCAUGGAAGGACCUGUUUGUUCCCUCCCCUGUGCUGAAGGCACUGAGCAGUCUUGGAUUUGGGUCACCAACCCCUAUUCAAGCCCUGGCUUUGCCUCCAGCUAUCAGAGAUCGUAUGGAUAUCCUGGGGGCGGCAGAGACAGGAAGUGGGAAGACAUUGGCUUUUGGCAUUCCCAUGAUCCAUACUAUCCUGGAGUGGAGGGCUGGUUCAGAAAGGCCUGUUGAUGACUGCACAGAACCAACCAGAGAGGUGGAGAGUUUGUAUUUACCAUCUGUAGAUGAGUCCACAAAGUCAGGAGACACAGCUGAACCCACAAUAGAAAAAGACAAGGACGACGACGUGAAGUCUGAGGAAGAAGAUGGUGCAAGCAUCACAGAGCAGGAUCAAGAUGACACAGAUGAACAUGACAGUGAAGAUGAAGAAAAUGAUGAUGAUGAGAGGCUUAGGUGUGUUAAAGUAAUCGAAAAUGCAGAUUUUGACUUUGAGCCCACCGCUGAAGAGGAAGAAAACCCUGUUGGUAGUCGGAGUCAGCCUCUGCUUGGACUGGUGCUUACCCCCACCAGGGAGCUGGCUGUUCAGGUCAAGCACCAUAUUGACGCUGUCGCAAAAUUCUCUGAAAUCAAAACGGCGAUAGUGGUGGGUGGAAUGGCACAACAGAAACAAAGGAGGAUGCUGAAGCGAAGACCAGAGAUCAUUAUUGCCACUCCAGGACGUCUGUGGGACUUGAUCAAGGAGAGGCAUCCACAUCUGCUGAACUUGAGACAGCUCAGGUGCCUGGUCAUUGAUGAAGCAGAUCGCAUGAUUGAAAGAGGCCACUUUGCAGAGCUGGAGAGUCUGCUGGAGAUGCUGAACACCGUGCACUUUAAUCCCACGAGGCAAACAUUUGUGUUCUCGGCCACACUGACCAUGGCUCGCAGCCUGCCCACCCGCCUCCUGCAGAAGAAGAAGAAGAAGAAUCUGGACCAGAGGAACCAGCUGGAAAUUCUCAUGGAGAAAGUGGGCAUCAAGUCCAAACCCAAAAUCAUUGACCUGACCAGGAAGGAGGCAACUGUGGAGACCCUGACUGAGACACGAAUCCACUGUCAGAAGGAGGAGAAGGACUUCUACCUUUACUACUUUUUGCUCCAGUAUCCUGGCCGCACCAUGGUGUUUGCCAACAGUAUAGAAUGUAUCAAGAGACUGAACUCCCUGCUGGUUAUCUUGGACCGUACUCCUCUGCCGCUUCAUGCCAACAUGCACCAGAAACAACGCCUCAAAAACCUGGAAAGGUUUGCUGAGAGGGAGAGUUGUGUUCUACUGACUACUGAUGUGGCAGCAAGAGGACUGGAUAUCCCCAAUGUUCAGCAUGUUAUUCACUACCAGGUUCCCAGGACAUCUGAGACUUAUGUCCAUCGGAGUGGCAGAACAGCAAGAGCCACCAAAGAGGGUCUCAGUUUGCUGCUAAUAGGCCCAGAUGACAUGAUGAACUUCAAAAAGAUUUACAAGGCCCUUGGGAAGGAUGAGGACCUUCCCAUGUUCCCCAUAGAGAUCAAAUGCAUGGAAGCAAUCAAGGAACGGGUGAACUUGGCCAGACAGAUAGAGAAGAUUGAGUUCCACAAUAGCAAAGAGAAGCACCACAACUCCUGGUUCAGACAAGCAGCAGAGGCCCUGGAGGUGGACCUGGAUGAUGAUCUUUUAAUUGGCAGAGCACAGGAUGAGGACGGUGACAGAGAGCAGCAGAAGAUAGUAAAGGGGAUGAAAAAGCAUUUGAAGCAUUUGAUCUGCCAGCCUAUAUUCAAGAACGUGACAAAGACCAAGUAUCCCACUCAAAUGGGAAAGCUCUCCGUGCCUCACAUGCCUCUAGCAGGGAUGGAAAGUGCCCUUACCAGGGUUUCAAUACAGGAGGAGAAACAGAAGUUAAAGAAAGGGGUUCCACCACAGCAGAAAAAGCAGAAGAAAAAACAGCAGCAGUGACAUGUUAAUGGGGAAUGUGUGUUUUAAAAGUCCAUCUUUGACAGGAUUUAUGUAAUUGUUUGUUUACAUAAAUUCAUUUCAAAUCAUUUAUAUACUUAUUGCACAAUGUGCAAAAAUUGUAUUUCCAGAUGUCGUUCAAUACGCUGUACACUGCAAGAUUUUAUAAAAAUCUGUUUUCACAAGUGUCUUAAAGCUCAGCUGGGAUUAUUUGUUUUUUCAACCAAUGUCAAUAUUCCUGAGUUGAGUCCCACUGGAUCACUGGUCAGUGUUGAGGUCGUGGGUAGAGAAUGUUAUAAUGUGACGUUUGGAAGAGGAGGUGCAGGGAGGGUUCUGCACCCUCUGGAAUGAUGUGAUGAGCCAACUGCUGUUCAUCACCCUCCAUGGAGACGAUGUGAAUGCAAAUAUCCAGGGCCUGUGAAAGAGCUAAGAUGUCCACAUGGUCACACUCCAUCGCCAUAGCCUCGACUUCCUGAAUGAAGACAACAAAGACAUUACCAAACCUGACAGUUGCAUUUCCUUGACAAUUUUUUCACUAGAUGGCAGCAACAACUUGUUACUAACUUGUUGACAGUAGGCUUGUAGAUUGGGUGCCUCCACAAAGUUGCAGAAGAAGUCUGCAUGGUUUUGCAGGUGUGCCGACGUGAGCAGCCGGAGAUACUGCACCACGCUGUCGGAGGUCAUCUGUUCAUUGAAGAGCCUGAGCAGCCUUUCUUCUUGCUCAUCAGCCUGGCACUGCUCAACUACAUUUACGACCUUCAUGGGAACAGCAGCAAUUAGAGCUGUUCUACUCGUCAUUGCAGACCCUGACUCCAUCAGUCUCCUCGCUCUCUUCUCUGUGUCUGCCUUGUCCACAAUGUACUCCUGAAAUCAAAUCUGUGGUUAGAGGUCCAUAUGCUGGUAGAUAACACUGCUCUGCAAGGCUGUUGAUGGCCACAAGCAAAGUUCCCACUUCUUCAACCUGAGUGAUAAGGUUUCCAACUCACUCUGGAGUUCAGACAGUUCCUUACUGAUCAACUGCGACACACACAAAAACUUGAAUACGUUGUUCCUUCAAGCACUGUAGUCGCUGGCCCUGCUCCACCUCAUCCUCCAGACGCCCCAAUCGCUGCAGCAGCUCCUGGUGGGUGAUGGACAGGGUCUCAUGGCGCCGAAUAAUGGGCAUAACCAAAGAUUCAGACCCAUUAUCAAGGUAAACUGGGGAAAAAAAAAAAGAUUGUGCAGUUUGGUCCAUCUUACAGCCAGUGUGUAAAUAACUCAUAAGGAUGAGCAGAACAGGUUGAAAACAAAUCCUUUUUACUUACCUCUGUUACAACAGUUUUAGACGAGGGUCGCUGUUAUCCAAGACAGGAAGGGGAGAAGUCGUCAUGUUUUUAGAAAAUAUAAGCUAUUGUCCAGUAAUAACCAAAUCCUGCAGUUAUUCCACGUACGGAAGAUCCAAGGGACGACCAGAGGGUCUUUUCCGGAUGUUUUCCUGGAUUUGUGUAGACGUUGUCAGGGAAACGCGGACGAGACAACAGGGAAUGGAUCGGGAUCGGCUCUCCGUGGCAACUGCCGAGGAGGCGGUUCAGUUUUAUUGACUGAAGAGAGGCAUAGAAAUGAGAUCGUUAGAGGUCUGAGAGGAGCAGAACAUUUAGAGCGCCCACUCCGGCCUGGUUCCCGUGAACCAAGUUGCAUAGAGGAGCAAACAAUGGACUGCUGCUGCCUCAAGUCCAGAUCAGGUUUGGGAUGCACAGUUAUCAACUCCUUAAGAGUUCACAUGAUAAAUUCUGCUUCUCUGCCGACGUUACCUGUGAGAUAUGGCCGACAAUUGAUAUGGAAUGAUACUAAAAGCCUAAUAGAAGCAUAAUAAAAAAGGCUCCUGCUUUCCAACUUUC